AUGUCUUCGAAUCGUUUAUCGACAUUUGGUGAACGUCUACAAUCGUUAAGUGAUUCAUUUUAUUCAACAAUUCUUCAGGAUUCGAAACAGGAAAGUAAAUUUCAAGUGAAAAACGCACAACAAUUAGAGAAUCUGACAAAGACUCAUUCGACUGAACAGAAUCAUGAUGAUUUUACAUUUGAUCAAUGUUCAAUUAGCCAUCUGACAUCAAACGAUGAUUUUAGUUUUACAUUUCACUCCAUUGAGCAGUCAAAAUUACAAGGAAACAAAUCUCGACAAAAACAUCAAAUAUCGCGAAUAAAACAUACGUCAACACCAUAUUCUACUCAUGAAGAUCGUUCAAUUAAAAAGUCGGAAGACGAAACAGUCGUUGUCGAAGAAACUCAUCGUCCAUCAUCAUUAUCUUCUCCUUCCAGUCAACCAAUAAUUAUUGGUUAUUAUCCGGUUGUGACGUAUCAACCAGUUUGUGUUCCACCAGCCAUUUAUUUAUCAAAAGAACAGAUCCAGUCGCAAAUAAAUGACUAUUCGACGCUAACAAAAGUCACUCCAUUAAAGAAGCGUUAA